UAGAAAAGCUUUGAGCUCAAAGUUAAAAGAGAAGCGGCGGAGCUGCAGCUCAGCACCACGGACAGCGAACCAUGCCGUCAUUUUCGACCCGUUCAGGUCAAGCAGUGGGAAAAUCCUAAGAAUGUGUCGACGAUAAAGAGGCUUUGUCUUGGACUUUUUUUUUUUACCUCUGUUCAAAGUAAGACGAAUCCUGACUUUGUAAAUUUUUACUCGAUGUGCGUUGAAUAUCUCUAAAUUCCUUAAAUACCACAUUCCGCCAUUAUCUAAAAAAAACGGAGUAGCUUUAACAAGGGUUUAUAAUUUACCCUGUGAAACUCCUAUUGCAGAAUAAAUGUAAAUCCAAGCAAAUGCGCUGUGCGUAAAAGCGGUGACACCGCUCGGUGCCAUUUGGCUUUGGUGCGCCGCGCACUGUUCAGCCCGCCUUGAUAUUUGGAAAUCAGAUGUUUUUUUGUUUUUUUUAAAAUAUAUAUACAUAUAUAUAUAUAUAUAUAUAUAUAUCGUUAAUGAGGGCUGACGUGAAGCUUUUGCAACUACACCAACCUCUCAUGUCAGAUCUAAUUGUCUCUUGUUUAACCUUAGUUAUAUUUGAGUGAAAACCUCUCUCUUUUUUAAUCGACUUUACAUAAGAAAAGCAGAAAGUAGCACUUCACUAUCGCAGCUGUUUUACUACUUUUUCUCUAAAAUAAGAACAGCACCGUUUUAUUUUCGGGGAAUCACAUCUGCAUGUGGAUUGUACACAAUGGACCCUCCGGACCCGUACUGGUAUCCACUCCCUGCGGAGCCCAACUCCUCCGGAGCCGCUGGCUCACCCUUCUUCUUCCCCUACCCUCGUCUCCUGAACGUCUCCUCCAACAUGUCCACGCAGAGUGCCCCCUUCCAGGGCAGCAGCACCCCGGUGACCGCUAUUAUCUACUUCACUGUCUUCUUGGUGGGUCUGACCGGCAACACACUGGCCAUUUACGUGGUGUUGCGCUACGCCAAGAUGAAGACCGUCACCAACAUCUACAUCCUGAACCUGGCCGUGGCCGAUGAGCUCUACAUCAUCGGACUGCCCUUCCUCACCACUCAGAACGUUCUCUCCUACUGGCCCUUCGGAUCGUUCCUCUGCCGUGUGGUGAUGACUGCGGACUCCAUGAACCAGUUCACGUCCAUCUUCUGCCUCACUGUCAUGUCCAUGGAUCGAUACCUGGCUGUGGUCCAUCCGAUCCGGAGCACCAAAUGGAGACACCCUCGCGUGGCCAAGGUGGUGAGCGCAGCGGUCUGGGCUGUGUCCUUCAUCGUGGUCUUGCCGGUGGUCAUCUUCUCUGAUGUGCAGGACAUGUUCAACUCCUGCAACAUGAACUGGCCGGAGCCGAAGGACGUGUGGUCGACGGCUUUCAUCAUCUACACUGCCACAGUGGGUUUCUUUGGGCCGCUGCUCAUCAUUUGCCUCUGCUACCUGCUCAUUGUUAUUAAGGUGAAGUCGUCCGGGGCCAGGGUGGGCUUCGUCAACAGGCGCCGUUCAGAGCGAAAGGUGACGCGCAUGGUGGUGGUCAUCGUGGUGGUGUUUGUACUCUGCUGGCUGCCAUUCUACAUCAUCAACAUGGUCAACCUGGUGGUCAUCAUCCCUGAGUCCAGCGUCACGGCUGGGAUCUACUUCUUCGCCGUUGUUCUGUCCUACGCCAACUCCUGUGCAAACCCGCUGCUCUAUGGCUUCUUGUCGGAUAACUUCAAGCAAAGCUUCAGGAAGGUGCUCUGCAUUAAGGGUAUGAGGUGUGCCGCCAAUGGUGUUGAUGACGGCGACCCUAGCGCUCCGCGCACGGAGAAAACUACGGCGCAGGACUGCAUCCUGCUCUCCCCUCGUAACGAGGUCCAUCACGACGCACAGAGCAGCCAGAUCUCACCCCACCCCACCGACUGUUUUGGCCCCCACGCCGCUGUCGACCUGAACCGCUCCACCCCUAAGUACCAGCUUUCCUCCAAGUUCGCAGGAAAAGCCACUGCUACGGCCGGAAACUCCUUGAUCACUUCUGAGGCUCCUGAACCUCCCACCACCACGGCCCUGACCACUGCCUCCUCCUCUGCCUCCGUGGCUCCGCAGGAACAGUAGUGAGUGGACUCUGGGUCCCAGUCUGGAUCUGCAGAAGAGAAACAAAGAGAGGCUGGACUUGCUUUUUCAGAUAUCAAACCUAAAGAAAAGUUGAUUUCCUCCAAACUGCGAGCUCAUUUGAAACAAAUUGCCGCACUUCUGCUUCUCAUUGUGUGACAAACUGUUGAAGAUUUUUGUUUACCGAGCCC